AUUCCAAAAGACCCAUUAGUAGUUGCAAGAUUUACAGAGAGAAUCAAGGAAGAACCAUAAGUACAAAUUGGGAUGGCUCUCGUUGUGAACUAUGUUCUCGAAGACCCAUCAGCAGUUCCAGAAUGUGCAAACAAUAUUAAGGAAGAGCCGAAAGAAAGGGGUGAACAGGAUAGAGCAGAGGCUGCUGUUGCUCCAUUUGCUGAGGAUUUUGUUCUUGAGCGGGAUACUCUCAACAUUAAGAAAGAGGAGGAUUUGGAGGAAGCAUCAUUAUCAAAUUCGGAAUUUACAAACAACACUAAACGAGAAGCGGAAGUAACAUUUGACGAGGAUGGAGCUGAGAAUUGUAAUUUGCAGGAUACGUUUUCAAUUUUGGAAUUUACGAACAACGUCAAACGAGAAGCAGAAAUAACAAUUGACGAUAAUGGAGUUGAGGAUUAUGUUCUCGAAGAACUGCUACCAGUUACGGAAUGGACUAACAACAUUAAAAAUGAGCCAGAAUUAACAAUUGAUGAGGAUGAAAUGGAGAAUAAUGGCAUGGUCUCAACAGAAUAUGCAUCAAAUACUACAUGGUCCAGCCACAUUAUGGAAAAAUUCCCCCGCACUUCACGAGGAAAUGUUCUUCAAAAACUGAUACACGGUAAGCCGGAGACGGACCCGGAGACCUCGACACCCACUCUCAGUUGCGGCAUUCGACCCCAACAGAUUAUCUCAAAAAUGGACAGUGCCAUAAAUACAGAUAAGAACAGAUCACCACAAGGUGAGCGGUGUGUAUUCACCUGCAGUUCGUGUCGGCAGAAGUUUUCAUCGAAAUACCAGCUCAUAAAGCAUGUAUUCAUCCACAUUGAUGGUGCAGAGCCACCUUCACAUGUUUGUAGAUGUUGUGGUCACGUGUAUAGAACUUGUGUCAGCCUGAGAAGACAUUUGAGGGUACAGGAGAAUGAAUUAAGGCAUUCUGCAGGGAAACCUUACAAAUGUUAUGACUGUGGCAAAUCAUUUGUUAAACCUAGUUAUUUCAAGGCCCACGAACAAUUACACUGUAGAGUCAAGUCACGCAAAUGUCACAUAUGUGGCAAAUCAUUUUCAACUGCUAAUUAUCUGAAAUAUCAUAUUACUGAGCAUUCUGGAGUGAAGCCAUACAAAUGUGAGAUCUGUAGCAAAUCCUUCUGCACAGCUGAACGCCUAAAGUGCCACAAAUUUGUUCAUUCUGGGAUGAGGCCACAUAAAUGUGAUGUUUGUGGCAGAUUGUUUACUAGGGCUCAGCACCUGAAGGGCCAUACCCUAAUCCAUUCUGGAGUGAAGUCACACAAGUGUAAUGUUUGUGGCAAGUUCUUUCGUACAGCUACACAGCUGAAGAACCACGGAGCAGUACACUGUGUUGUAAAGCCACACAAAUGUGAGCUUUGUGGCAAGUCAUUUAGUACUGCUACCUGUCUAAAGUACCACGCACUGAAUCAUUCUGAAGUAACACCGCACAAAUGUGAUAUAUGUAGUAAAUUCUUUGCUAGAGCUCAAUAUUUGAGGCGACACAAGUAUUUGCAUUGUGAGCUGAAACCGUACCAAUGUGACGUGUGUUCUAAAUGCUAUGCUAGUGCCGAACGUCUCAAGAAACAUAAAGAGGUGCACGACGCAAAGCGACACAAAUGUGUUGUGUGUAGUAAAUACUUUCGUACAGCUACCCAGUUGAAGAUCCACAGAGCAGUACAUUCUGAUGUACGAGUAAAGCCUCACAAAUGUGAUGUUUGUGGCAAAUCGUUUCUUACUGCCACCUAUCUGAAGCAGCAUACACAAGCCCAUUCUGGGGUUAAGCCAUACAGAUGUGGUGUAUGUAGUAAAUCCUUUCGUACGAGUUCCAAUCUGAGGCAGCAUGCAGCUGUACACUUUGAUAUUAAGCCGUACAAAUGUGAGGUUUGUGGCAAAUCGUUUGCUAGAGUUGGCGGCGUGAAGACCCACGCACUAAUCCAUUCAGAUGUGAAAGCGCACAAGUGUGACUACACCCGCUUGGUCAAUGAAAGAUCUGUACCUCAAGACUGGAAAAUUGCACAAAUCACACCAGUACUCAAGAAAGGAAACUGAAGUAAUCUGCUAAGCUGCAGGCCCACAUCACUGACACUGAUUUACAGUAUUAUUUUAGAACUGUUGUCAAAAGUUAUGAAUUACCUCGAAGAAAAUGAUCUGUUCACACACAGCUAGCAGGGUCUAGGAAAUAUCAUUUCUGUGGAACACAACUAGCUCUUUAUUCACACGAAAUAAUGAGUGUCAUCGACGGGGGAUCUCAAAUUAAUUGUAUAUCUGUAGAUUUUCAGAGAGCUUUUGACACCAUUGCUCACAAUCAACUUCAAACCAAAUUGUGUUUCUAUGGAGUAUUGUCUCAGUGUGCAACUACAUUUGUGAUUUCAUGUCAAAAAAGUCACAGUUAAUAGUAAAUGAUGAAAAAUAAUAGAGUAAAACCUGACAUUCUUCACUGAAGUGUUACAGGUGAUCUGCUGCUCCCAAUCUACACAAAUGAUUUAGUAGACAAUCUGAGCAGCGCUCCUAGAUUGUUUGCAGAUAAUGCUAUCGUUUACCAUCUAGUAAAAUCAGAAGGUUACAACUGAUUGCAAAGUGAUUGAGACAAGAUACCUGCGUGGAGCAAAAAGUGGCAGUUGACUCUAAAUAAUGAAAAAUGUGAGGUUAUCCACUUGCAGACAAAAAGGAGUAUGCUAAAUUUCGGUUACACAAUAAAUCACGCAAAUCUAAACACUGUCUGUUCAACUAAAUACAUAGGAAUUACUGCUAUGAACAACAUAAACUGGAAGAUCAAUUACAUAGAUAACAUUGUGGGAAGGUGAACCAAAGAGUGUGUUUUAUUGGCAGAACACUUAAGAGUGUGCAACAGGUGUGCUAAAGAGAGUGCCUGCACUAUGCUUAUCUUUCCUCUUCUGGAGUCUUGCUGGUUGACACAGGAUGCUUACCAGAUAGCACUGACAGUCCAAAGGAGAGCUGCUCAUUUUGUGUUAUCGUGAAAUAAGGGAGGAGGGAAGUGUCACGGGUAUGAUACUCAAGUUGGGGUGGCAGUCAUUGAAUGGAAGGCAAUUCUUAUUGUGGAGAGAUCUUUUCAAAGAAUUUCAAUCACCAAUUUUCUCUUCCAAAUGCAAAAUAUUUUUUUGAUGCCCACCAGCACAGGGAGAAAUGGUCAUAGUGAUAAAAUAAGAGGAAUCAGAGCUCACACGGGAAUAUUUAUUUAUUCGUUUUACCUACAUUUUUCCUGAGUGUGGAACAGUAGAGAAAUAGUCUGAAGGUGGUGCAAUGAACCCUCCACCAAGCAUUUAAAUGUAAAUCACAGAUUAGUCGUGUAGACGUACUUCCGAUGUGUAUUUAUACUGUCUGAGAAACAAAAUAGUCCAUUGUCACACAUGUAAUGCUCUCUCGCUCACUACAUGCAAGUAUAUGUCUUCGUGGACUGCUGAAAUAGCUGAUAUUUUUGUGUUUCAUAUAAAACUACAUUUUAUUUUUAUGGUUAUAAAAUAUGUAACAAAAAGACUAACCAAUUUUUUAAAAACUGACUGAUGUACAAAGAUGUUCUUUGAAAUAAACAAAUUCCUCCAGCUG